GAUACGGUUCAGUGUGAACAGUUCUCCCUUCGGGUUCAUAGCUCAGCAGCUGCUGUCAAAGGAACCCGUUUCCAUGGUGACGAGUUCACAAACUUCCAAACAUAGUGGAUGCAACAGCGUUUUGUUUUCCUGCAAGAUGAAUUCAGAAACGUCCUUAGUUUUCUCAGGCAGCGAUGUUGAACCAGGAAAAUCGGGUGUCAGAACAGGCUAUGUAACACAGGAUGGACAUAUCUCCCAGAUCCCCGGAUUGUCCAGAACCACUGGUUCUCCACCUGAGGAGAGGAACCGUGGGAGAAGAGCUGCAGUGCUGAAAAGCGAUUCUGACUAUUUAAAACUGGCGAAGCAAGGAGGCCAUAAGGAGCUUUUGUGGUAUGACGAAGCAAAUGCUUGUAAACAAAAUGCAUACAAACCUCCAGACUGGUUCAGCAUGGACUCAGGAGAUCCCAGCCCAAUAAGCAACCAGAAGAAAAGACCUGGAGCCUAUCUACCACAAGAGGCUCCUUUCCUGAGUGAUAACAUGUCUGCCUGGGAGAGGGAUAGAGACAGCGGCACUGGAAAAGAAAAGACUCCAGAUGCUAAUUACAACCAGAUGGAGGAGUCCCAGAAUUCCAAUCAAUAUGGGAGCAGCAAGUAUAAGAAGAUAAUGUUUGACAAGAAACCAGCACCUGUUGACAUGGCUAAGCUGUUGAGCUUUGGUUAUGCAGAAGACAGAGAACCUAAGCAGUAAUUUACCAACAGGCUGAAAGACUGCCAGAUGUGCAGUAAUUGGGUGAACACACUCCAAGAAGAAUAUUUGCCAUCAUUCCCUCUGACAUUAAUUUCUAAACUUUGUCCUGCUGAGCCAGAUGAAGCGUUUGAACAAGUUCAACAUCUUUAAAAGUGUGACAUUGAAUUGAUUUAUUAAGAAUAUAGUGGAUUGUUUAUGUUACCUUAAGUGUUGCCUCAUUGUAUCUAAAUAACGGAGAGGCAUUUGUUCAAGGGUUUGUUUGCUGUUGAUGUUAAAGUUGAUUAAAACACGUCAAAUAAAAGUUCAGAUUUUAAAGACUG